CCCUACCCCCUCUCUCUUUUCAACUCAUACCACACCCGGUUUCUUUCCAGCUUUUCAACAUGGCUGCCCAGGCUAGUGAAAAGCUGCAGAAGCUCGACCUCAACGGUCAGAGCGGCGAUGCGAAGGUCGACGCUCCCGCCGCUGGUCAGGCUGGAACCGGAGAGGCGGAGGAUGAUUCCGACGACGAUGAAGUCGAGGAUAACAACGCUGGCGCUGAAGGCGCAGCUAAUGGAGCCGCCAAGAAAAAGAAGAAGCGCAAGUCCAAGAAGAAGAAGAAGGGUGGCGCCAAGGUCCAGAGCUCUCCUCCGCGCGUUCCGAUCUCGACUUUGUUCCCGAACAACCAGUUCCCCGAAGGAGAGAUUGUCGAGUACCAGAAUGAAAACUCCUACCGCACUACCAACGAGGAGAAGCGCUAUCUCGACCGCAUGAACAAUGACUUCUUGCAGGAGUACCGCCAGGGUGCUGAAGUGCACCGCCAGGUCCGCCAGUACGCACAGAAAAACAUCAAGCCCGGCCAGACUCUGACGGAAAUCGCCGAGGGCAUCGAGGACGCUGUUCGUGCUCUGACGGGCCACCAGGGCCUGGAGGAGGGUGACAACAUCAAGGGUGGUAUGGGUUUCCCGUGUGGUCUGAGUCUCAACCACUGUGCCGCCCACUAUACCCCCAAUGCGGGCAACAAGAUGGUGUUGCAGGAGAGCGAUGUCAUGAAGGUCGAUUUUGGAGCUCACAUCAACGGACGGAUUGUCGACAGUGCCUUCACCGUUGCCUUUGAUCCGGUCUAUGACCCUCUUCUGGCGGCUGUCAAGGACGCCACCAACACUGGUAUCCGGGAAGCCGGUAUUGAUGUUCGCAUGAGUGACAUCGGUGCCGCUAUUCAGGAAGUCAUGGAGAGCUACGAAUGCGAGAUCAACGGAACUAUGCACCCCGUUAAAUGUAUUCGAAACCUCAACGGUCACAACAUUGACCAACACAUUAUCCACGGUGGGAAGAGCGUUCCCAUUGUCAAGGGCGGAGAUCAGACCAAGAUGGAGGAGGGUGAAGUCUUCGCCAUCGAGACCUUUGGAAGUACCGGAAAGGGCUAUGUGCACGAGGAUAUGGAAACCUCUCACUACGCUCUGGUCCCUAACGCUGCUCCGGUGCCUUUGCGUCUUUCUUCCGCCAAGAACCUGUUGAACGUUAUCAACAAGAAUUUUGGAACUCUUCCCUUCUGUCGUCGGUACCUCGACCGGUUGGGCCAAGACAAGUACCUCCUUGGGCUGAACAACCUGGUGCAGUCGGGCAUUGUUCAGGACUACCCCCCUCUUUGCGAUAUCAAGGGCUCUUACACCGCCCAGUACGAACAUACCAUCGUCCUCCGACCUAAUGUAAAGGAGGUGAUCAGUCGCGGAGACGACUACUAAGAUGGGUCUUUUUAUGCCAAUGAAUUUUGCCACGGCAUGCGACAUGUUUGCUUAAAUAGCAUAUAUAGAAAACACAGAACAAGGUUGUGUAGGAAAAGAAUGAACAGUACCGGCAUUUUUAGGGUCAUCAUCGACCCGUCUUCACUCA